UCCGUCCGUCCGUCCGUCUGUCUGUCCGCCCGUCUGUCCGCCCGUCUGUCCGCCCGGCCGCCGCCCCAUCCCACCCUGUGCCGGGGCACGGCCCCCCCCGCGGCCUCGGCGGGCCAGGGGCACCCCGUCCCCUGGGGCUGGGCGAGCUGGAGGAUUCCCCAGCGGCAGGGCUCUCCCAGGACCUGAUGGAGUUGUGAGAGCUGGCUCCGGAGGGGCUGGAAGGAGCAUGGUCAAACACCAACCCCUGCAGUACUACGAGCCCCAGCUAUGUCUGUCCUGUCUGACCGGGAUCUACGGCUGCCGCUGGAAACGGUACCAGCGGUCACAUGAUGACACCACCAAGUGGGAGCGCCUCUGGUUCCUCAUCCUCACCUCAUCCUUCUUCCUCACCCUGGUCUGGUUUUACUUCUGGUGGGAAGUUCACAAUGACUACAAUGAAAUCAACUGGUUUUUAUACAACCGAAUGGGAUAUUGGAGUGACUGGUCCAUUCCAAUCCUUGUCACAACUGCUGCUGGCUUCACCUACAUCACAGUGUUAUUGAUCCUCGCCCUGUGUCACAUAGCUGUGGGACAGCAGAUGAACCUGCACUGGCUGCACAAGAUUGGCCUGGUGACAACGUUGAUAACCACGGUGGUGACCAUGUCAUCCAUAGCACAGCUCUGGGACGACGAGUGGGACAUGGUGUUCAUUUCACUGCAGGCCACAGCCCCUUUCCUGCACAUAGGAGCCCUGGCAGCAGUCACAGCACUGUCCUGGUUGGUGGCGGGGCAGUUUGCACGGACAGAGAAAGCCACCUCCCAGAUGCUGAUGUUCACCGCAUACCUCGCAGUUGUAGUUGCACUUUACCUCGUCCCCCUCACCAUCUCCUCCCCCUGCCUCAUGGAGAAGAAGGCCCUGGGACCAAAGCCAGCCAUCAUAGGGCACCGUGGAGCACCCAUGUUGGCACCAGAAAACACUCUGAUGUCGUUCCAGAAGGCCGUGGAGCAGAAGGUGUAUGGAGUCCAAGCUGAUGUUGUACUGAGCCACGAUGGAGUCCCGUUCCUGAUGCACGACAAGACACUCAGGAGAACCACGAACGUGGAGGAGGUGUUCCCGGAGCGGGCCCACGAGCACUCCUCCAUGUUCAACUGGACUGACCUGGAAAAGCUCAAUGCUGGGGAGUGGUUCCUUCAGAAUGAUCCUUUCUGGACAGUGGGGUCUCUCUCGAGGUCUGACUACUUGGAAGCUGCCAACCAGUCAGUCUGCAAGCUGCAGGACAUGCUGGAGGUGAUCAAGGACAACACCUCGCUCAUCCUGAACUUCCAGGACCUGCCAUCAGCUCACCCCUACUACAGCACUUACAUCAACAUCACCCUGGAAACCAUCCUGGCAUCGGGAAUUCGGCAGCAGGCCGUGAUGUGGCUGCCGGACACGGAGAGGCAGCUGGUCAGGCAGGUUGCCCCGGGGUUCCAGCAGACCUCUGGCCUCAAGCUGGACACGGAGCGCCUGAGGGAGAAGGGCAUCGUGAAGCUCAACCUGCGCUACACCAAGGUGACGAGCGAGGAUGUCAGGGACUACGCCAUGGCCAACCUGAGUGUGAACCUGUACACGGUGAACGAGCCCUGGCUGUUCUCCAUCCUCUGGUGUGCCGUCCCCUCGGUCACCUCCGACAGCUCCCACGUCCUCCGCAAGGUGCCUUUCCCCAUCUGGCUCAUGCCUCCAGACGAGUACCACCUAAUCUGGAUCACGUCUGAUCUCAUUUCAUUUAUCAUAAUUGUAGGAGUUUUUAUAUUCCAGAAGUGGCGCCUGGGGAGCAUCAGGACCUACAACCCGGAGCAGAUCAUGCUGAGCGCCGCCGUGCGCCGCUCCAGCCGCGACGUCAAGAUCAUGAAGGAGAAGCUGAUCUUCUCAGAGAUCAACAACGGCGUGGAGCCCACGGAUGAGUUGUCCUUCUGCUCUGAGAAUGGCUUUGCCAACGAGAUCCUCACCCCCAUGGACCCCCGGGACUCCAAGCUGCGGAUGAACUGAGGGGCUCUGGGCCAGCCCCGCGUGCUCCCUGGCAGUGAGAGCCGUGCUCUUCUGCUCCCUGUGGGAUGGGAACCCUGGAGGAACUGCUGGUCGGGCAGAGACCCCUUCCCACACCCCACCACUAACUGCUCCACCUCCCCUGGUUGUGAGGUUGGGGGGCUUAUUUUUGUAAAUAUGUAGAAAAUUUGAAAUUUUUUUGUCUUUUUUUUUUUUUUUUUGAGUGUAAUUUUUCCAGGGCAUGAGUGGAAAUACCGUGUUCAUUAAACCCUCAACCUUAUGGCUUGAAGGUAUUGGAAUCUUGAUGUGAGAGCCUGAGUCCCCUCGGGGGGUUCUGGGAACAUGAUGGACGUGUGUCCCUGUUCUCCCCCUUGCCCUUCCCCAGCCCUUCCCUUGGUGCAGCGACUGUGUAGCUGAAUGUUGUGAUGUUCUUGUGAAGUGUUGAUUUUGUUAUGGGGUUUUUUUUCUGUUUCCCCCCUCGUUCCCCUUUUCCUGGGCAAUUAAAUUGUAGCUCUGAUGCACCAGGAGGCUGUUUGGAGGAGAGAAGCUUUCCUGGGAGAGGAAUCUUCCCUGCUGAAGCUCAGAGCCAGGGAAGGGGUUGCACUGGCUCAGUCACUUGGGCACCUUCUCCUUGUCCCAUCCUCCUUCCCCAAAGCCUGGAUGCUCCAUGGGGAAUGGCCUUUUUGAAAAGUCCUGCUGCAGUUUUGAAGGCAAAUCCUGAGCAUUUGGCCUCUGCUGGCAGCAGGUUGGAUCUUUUUUUUUUCCCCUUCUUUCUUUCCUUCUUUCCAUCUUCUCCCUGAGUUGGGCUCUGUUGGGAGCCUGGGUGGCUUGUGAAAAGCAAUGCCAGGGGCACCAUCACUGCUUGGAUCUGGUUGAAGUGCCUGCCACUCCCAAGUGGCAUUUGCAGUCGCUCCCUGCUUCCCAUUCCUUACACCCUCAUCACAGGGGGAGAGGUGGUGCAGUGUGAGCUUCCCCUUCUCUGGGCCAGGGAGGUGCCCAUGGGUGAAGGAGCUGUAAAUAGUUUGGAAGGUGAAGCAGCCCCAGACUAUAAUUGUUCCUGCAAGGAGACCUUUCCUCCUUGCUUCGAAGGCAGGAUCCUUAAAGCUGCACGUUCGUGUCCUCCGAAGGAGUGAUGGUCUUGCAGCAGACGCUGAGGGGCUCGUGAAGGCAGGAGCUCCCCCUCAGCGUGUCUCCAAUGCAAAAGGCUUUAAACCAAAAUCUUAGACCAGAGGUUAAAAGUUUAAAAAAAAAAAAAAAAAAAAAAAGAAAAGCUCAGAAACCAAGUUGGUGACAGUUGAAUUUUAUCCCUUCCCCGAGGCGGUCUCAGCUCUCUGCUGGGACCUUCAAGGCCUCGAGGAGAGGAGCCUGUUUUUGGGUCACUUGGCCGUUCCCAAGGAGCCGAAGCCAGCUGGAAGGCUGCUGGAGCUGGGAAUGGCUCUUGGCUCAGUGUUGGGUCGUUCCCUUCCUCGCCGGAUCUCGGUCGGCACCGCGUGCAACGUGAGAAACCCCCAGAGCGCGAGCUCCCUUCGGAGCUGCUGCGCUGAUGGGGCCUCGCUGUUCCCAUGGAUCUGAAAACCUGGGAGCUGACUCUUCUGAGAGCUGGCCAAGCUGGGCUGUGCAGCACACAAGGAGCUGGUCACCUGGCAGAGGAGGAGGAGGAGGAGGUUUGGGGGUGCUGAUGUGCAUCACGUCCCACACCCAAAGCCAGGAUGAAACCAGCCCGGAGCAGUUGGUCCUUGUUUUGGCAGCAUGGAACUGCUCUGUCCUUGUGGGUUUUUUAAAGCUGUACUCCUGUAGCAUUUUGAAACACUAAAGUUUUGGGCUUAGUGUGGAAGAAUUGUGGGGCAGAUGUGGCCAACUUUUCUAUGGAAAGGAAAAAUGCUGAUAGUGGAAAUGUGAAUGUUGAUGCUCUGAUAAGCACGGCCUAAAAUUAAGACUUUAAUUCCUUUGCAUCUGCCCUGGGUUUUAUGAAUGUAAUAAGACUCUGGUCCAUGCUCCCUCUUACCUCCCCCAAAUACAGUCCUUCUCUAUGGUACUCUCAAGUCUGUGAAAUACAGUGUGGGGGUUUUGUUUCUGCAGAACUGCAAGCUUUUGGUGGGUUUGAAGGUAUUUUGAGAACUAAGUUGCUUCUCCCUUUGAUGUGGUGCUGUAUUGAAACAUUCCUGGUGGAUUGUCAUUGCCAAGUGAGAGAUGUUAAAUCUCAGCAUCUGUCGAUAAUCACCUGCAUGUUCUGUUUUUAUCCUUGGAGAUGACUUUAUUGAGAGGUGAAGUGCUUAAAAGCUUGGAAGUGUUAAAAGCAAUCCAACUAAGAGUUGUUUUCACAAUUAGCUUCUUUCUUUCUUGUUUUUUUUUUUUUUUACAACAAGACCCAAACUUCCCGUGUAAUGCACUGACUGUUACUGUUAUUGUCCCAAAUAUUUGCUACCUUUUUUUUUUUUUUAAGAAAAAAAAAAAAAGGAUGAAAUUUUUUGAUGAAAAUAGAGCUAGACCAAAAUAAACUCUGCGACGCUCUGUGAAAUAAACUGUCAGUAUUCCCCUGCCA